AUGUUUGGAAAGAAAAAGGUAGAUCCAAAGGAGCAAGCAAAGGCCUGGAAAUCAGAUUUAAGAGGUCAGGUUCGUGAGCUCAACAAGCAAAUGCGUCAUAUUGAGAUGGAAGAAACAAAAAUCCAAAAUAAAGUAAAAACAAUGAUGAAGCAAGGCCAUGGAGACAUGGUUGAACCACUUGUCAAGGAGCUCGUUCAGUCAAAGAAAGCAAAAUCUAAAAUUCUUAAGACAAGAACUCAAUUAGAGUCAAUCGAAAGACAAAUUGACCUUCAGAUGGCUCAGGUUAAAGUUUGCGGUGCAUUCUCCAAAUCUGCCGAAGUUACACAUGCUUUGAACUCUCUCGUCAGGCUCCCAGAGCUUAACGCUACAAUGAUGAAACUUCAAGGUGAAAUGCAAAAGGCUGGUAUGAUCGAAGAACAGAUGGAUUCUACAAUGGAAGCUGUCCAGGAAGAUGACGAAGAUCCAGAACUUGCCACACGUAUUGCCUUCAACCAGAUCGCUCAGGAAAUCAACGGACAGGCCGGAACUACAAAGGUUCCACUCAAGCAGAUCGAUCCAGAGGAACUUGAGGCAGAACCAGAGGUUGCUGCUAUGAUGGCGAAAUAA